ACGAAAUAAAGCGGCAUGCGGUUGUCGAAAGUUUCCAGACGAAUGGAACUGACGCAGAUGUAUGGUUGAUAGCAGUGUGCAAAGAACCUCCGUUUUAGUUUUACUGAUCCCAAAAAUGGAUCCUCUGAAGAUGGAAAACGGAAAAAGACCUCCGCUGCCUGCGCAACACAAUCCAUACACAUUUACUCAUCACGUACAUCAUGGCCGAUCUUCUCUGGAUCGUCACGGCUACUUUGCAGCUGUACCGUGGCGAGACCAAAAAGAGAUCGUGCAUCAUCGUCAUUUUCCUGCACUACUUCCAUCUGACCAAUUUUUUUUGGAUGUUUGUCGAAGGUUUUUACCUCUACAUGCUCGUCGUGGAGACGUUCUCUGCCGACAAGAUCCGGUUGCGCAUCUACGCCCUUAUCGGCUGGGGCAUACCGCUACCUGUCGUCAUCGUUUGGGCCGUCGUCAAAGCCAACUGGUUCACCUACACGUCCACCGAAGGCCACCAGAAGCUGGACCUGGAAUCGUUCUUGGCCAGCUGUCCAUGGAUGGCGGCCAACAGCUACGACUGGAUCUACAUGACGCCGGCUAUCAUCGUUCUCUUCGUCAACAUUCUCUUCCUUGUCAAGAUAAUGUGGGUUUUGAUAACGAAACUGCGCUCCGCUAAUUCAGUCGAAACUCAACAAUACCGUAAAGGAAGCAAGGCCCUUUUGGUGCUGAUUCCGCUCUUAGGACUCACCUACGUCCUGGUCAUCGCCGGACCGACCGAAGGUCUCAUCGCCAUUUACUUCUCGCACAUUCGAGCUGUUCUUCUUUCCACACAGGGGUUCCUGGUGACCCUGUUCUUCUGCUUCCUCAACACGGAGGUACGCAACACAUUGAGGCAUCACUGGACCAGGUGGAGAACCACCAGUCGCUGGCUGGAACAUUCCCAGAACCACAGCAGCCGAAGUAAUAGGUGUGGCGCGGCGUUAAACAGCAAACGCAACUCCAAGGAUGGAUCUCGAGCUCCAUCCGAGAGCACCAGGCUGUACAGCAACUUUCCGGAUCGGAAUCACGGCAAGCGUGAUUCGUCGUUCAGCGAAGUGACGACGGUUGCGUCAUUCGCUCCCAGUUCAGCCAUCCAUUUGAAUAACUUGGGGCCGUUCAACACAAACGCAGGUCAUCAGGCAGCAAAACCGCACGGAGCGUCGACUGUUUUGCUGACCGACAACGGCGGCCUGGCCAGCACAGUAACAACCGUCAACCGAUACGCCGAUGAAUGCGGUGACAGCUGCGAUACUAACCUGCUCGUCAAGGAAAACCAGGUCUGAACGCAUUUUUGGGACAACAACGCAGAAGAUAAAAAUAGCACAGAUCCAUAAAAGAAAAGAAAAGAGGAAACUUGACGCGACUUUCUGUCCUAAAACAAUCAAUUUCUUCGGAAAUCCUCGUAAGAAAACAAAACAAAUUCAAAAAAAAAAAAGAAAAAAGAAAAAAAAAAAGGAAACAAAACGAAAAUGGACGCGGACCACGGACGGACCACAAACUGGGUAAUGAUGAACGCGCGGCUAGUGACCAACGCGAUGGAAAGAAAACACUCGUAAGUCUGUAGGGUAUAUACAUAUACAAGAGAAAGGGGAUACAAGGAACCAAACAAUCAUCACACUUUUACAUACACACACAUUUAUUCACGCAGCGGACGGCGGCUUGUUAUUGUUUUCCUUCCUACACUUCACUCUCUCUCUCCUUUAUGGCAACACGUUCCCUUAGUUUUCAAUAUUAUUUUUUUGUUUUCUUCUUCUUCUUCUUCUUUUCUCUCGUUCGUAUUUUUUACUGAUGCGAUCUAUUUACAUUCGUCGAGUUUGCGCAAGGCUCAAUUGUAUGUGUACGUUGCCAAUGUGGUGUCUGUGUGUACUCAUUCUCUCGCGCUCCCGUACUUUAUAAGCCACGUCGCGUUUGCUAUGAUUGUUGAGUGCUAGAUGCUUUUGUAUAUCUAGUGCGGCACUCUCUCUUCUAUGUAGACACAGUCUAAGAAAGCAACAACAAAAAAAAGAAAGACGCUUCUAUUUCAUCCGCCACCAUCCGUCAAAUCGAAUCUUGCGCGGAUGGAAUGUUUAUGCUGCCUUUUCUCGCCAUUUUCACAUCAAUCCGUCAGCAGCGUUUUUUUUUUGAGUAUCAGACAGAGCUCGUGUGUUCCUCUCCACUUAGAUUUUUCGUUUGAUUAACUCGUACACAACUAUACGUACCAAUACUGAUGUAUAUAGUCAUAUGCCUGCCUAGACAUUGGGAUAUAAUCGGCUUCCGUUUUCGCUGCUUUUCGCUCUUCCGUUGAAGCGUAGUUCCAUUGUGCCGCUCUAUUCAGUACGAUGAAUAUAAUAUGUCGCGCGUGCAGCAUUAAUAUCGAUCUAAUCGUCGUUACUUGUCAUCUUGUGGUUGUGUUGUAUUUCAAAGUAGAAAAGAAAAAAAAAAAUGAGAGGGGAGAUAUUACGCUUGACCUCCACGCUCAUGUUUUGUGAAUUUCAUCAAAGGUUAUUAUUAAACAUCUCUUAGAUCCUUACGCAGCAGUUUCACUAUGGUAGACACGUGUGCUGGAUUUCGUUUCAAUUCGAGCCACACACCAAAAAAAAAAAAAUGUCUUUUAUUUUUUUUUUUUUUUUAUUUUUUUUGAUAUUCCAAAUCAGCAACUCUUUCAACCGCACGUGUCCGUUCCAAAAGAGGAAAAUGACGAGCCCAUGUUUACUACUAUUUUCUAUUCUUCCGCGUUUGGUUACUUUCCAUGCCCAAUCAAACGUGUUUACAAACCGAACUGUGUGCAUAUACGGUCGAUCUAGUGGCCCGAGAGUAAUCUGUAAGCCUGCGAGAGAGCUCACAGAAUUGUGCUGAUCCAUUGCCCGUAGGUGAAUAUAAAUGCGAGAUGGGACAAAAGACGAGGAACCGAUCCGUCACUGACGUAGCAACCCAUUAACCAAAGUGAAGGGCACUGCAUAUUUGAGGACAGCCUAUCUGUCUUGUUUGUCGACAGCUGCUACCGAGCCGCUACGCAUCAAUUCCAGAGUGGAGGACUGGAGGUGUUGUGUUGUGUAUAUUGACUGUACGCGUUAAUAGAAACCCACAUAAUAACUGUUGAUUGCUAACUUUGUGGCACACCGUCGAACAGAAUCAGAGUAUUUCAUUAUAUUCCUUGUCCCCCAACAGCCAGUAAGCCAGACAGAUGAAUCUUCUGUACCUGUGAUAUACAACAACCGCGUAAAAAAAAACAGCCAAAUUCAUUCAAAUAAACCCAACGUACCUUUUAUCGAACUAUGUAGCAUUUUUCUGUGUCCUUUCAUAUCGAAUCAAUCAACAACAGAGACUCACCUUCUCAUAUUUACAGCAGACUCUCUUUCCUCUCUCGUCUUGUGUAUUGUUACCGUACGUACAGCAACUUGUUCUGGUCCUUUUUGGUCUUGAUUAAUCACCAUCGUGUUUUAUAACGUGUACUGCUGUGUGUAUCGUGUUGAUGGCACUGACCGAACGAGCCAGUCCACCUGCUAUAUUUUCUUUUGUUUUGUUUUUUGUCAUUGGCCAAAAGAAUAUUAUGUAUCCACAUUUUUCAGUUGUCGUCUCCAGUUUUCAACUCUUAGUCUUGCGUAUAUAUUUUAACCCACCGGACGAUUCGUUAUUUCUCGUGAUCAUACACACACACACACCCACCAAAAGUCCGUCGUUCGCACACUGGCACAAUCACACGCCCACCUAUACACACACACACACACACACACAUACAAAUAUGUACACGCUGUCAAGAAUACUUGGGGGGGGGUUCUCUCUUUCUCUUGUUGAACAUUGAUGAUGAAUUAUGUGUAACCAACUAUUAUACACAUACGAUGUGCCACGCGUUCCGCACCUAUAUCUAUGUACCUUUUUUUUAUUACUAUUUUGUUUUCCCCCCGAGCUGUCGCUUGCCGGGGGAAGGGAACGUGCUCCUCCAAGAUCUAUACACACACACCAACUGCUUCGGAACUCAAUAUAAAUGUCUAAUGCUCUAGAGUCUGUUGUAUCUAUACCUAUCUAUCGUUGGAUGUCUCAACGCACACCAUUAAACACGUUGGCAACAUCGAUGUUAACGACGUCGACCGUCUACGGCGUAGGCUGGGAAACGAUCGUGGCGUCGUGCAAAAAAUGCAUGUCGCUAUUGCCGUCACUGCUAUGUACCACACCGUGUAUAAUUAUUCAUCCGUUCAUUUCGUUUAUUGUGUCAUGUUUGUUCGUUCGUUUUCGUUUCGUUCGUUCGCGUCUUGUUGUCACAAUGUCGUCAUCGCACACAUAUAUACGCACAGGCACGUGCAGAUGCUUCGCUAUACAUAUACAAUUAUACAUAACUAUAUACAUUUACAUAUGCAGUAUAUAUGGAAAUAUACCUAUUCAUGAUGUGACUGUAAAA